AUGCAGGGCCGGUUCCCAGGAGGCCUCCGCGGUGGCGGAGCGCAGGCCUGCGCCGCCCCUGAGAGCUGGGGCGGCGGGCGGUUCCGGAUCAGGGCGGCCCUCGGCGGAGGCAGGGACCGGCCGGCGCCCUACAGCAGGCCGAGACAGCUUCCCGACGAGUGGCACCACGACCGUUUCCACAGGGACUUCGGCAGGGGCGCCGGCCUGAUGACCGGCGGGAAGCUGCUGCUGUCCAACCUGGACUUCCGAGUGUCCGACGCGGACAUCCAGCAGCUGUUUGCGGAGUUCGGGCCUCUGAAGCAGGCCGCUGUCCAUUACGACCGCUCUGGCCGCAGCCUGGGAACAGCCCACGUGCACUUUGAGCGCAAGGCAGACGCCCUGGAAGCCAGGAAGCAGUACAACGGCGUCCCUUUGGAUGGCCGUCCCCUCCACAUCCAGAUCCUCACCUCGAACAUAGUCACGCAGCCCAGGCCGGUACCGAGUGUCAACAGAGGCCGGGUGACUACAAACCGAGGAUCUGGAGGCUUCGGCGGCGGCACUCAGGGCCGCUCCAGCGGAAGCAACCUGUGUACAGGCAGGCGCACUGGCCGCCAUUCAAAGCCACACAUCUCGGCGGAGGAGUUGGACGCCCAGCUGGACGCUUACAACUCGAUGAGGGGCCCCAAGCAGCUGGAUGCCAAGCAGGACGCUUACAGCGCGAUGAGGGGCACCCAGCAGUUGGACGCCCAAAAGGGCGCUUACUACUCGAUGAGGGACACCAAAAGGAUGGACGCCCACCUGGGCGCUUACCAUGCCAUGAGGGACACCAAAAAGCUGGACGCCCAGAAGGAUGCUUACAGCUCCAUGAGGGACACCGAGGAGUUGGACUCCCAGCUGGACGCUGACAGCGAGAUGAAGGACGCCGAGAACCUGGACGCCCUGCUGGACGAUGACGACGCGACGAUGGACACCAGCUAA